AUGGAGGACAGGCGCAUCCGUCGACCGACUCGUACGUGUAUACGCGCGCAAGGGGGGCACCCACGCACUCACGCGCGCUCGCCCUCGGCUACGCGUUUGGCUGACUCACCGCACACCCUACAAGCUGCAUGCGCGUGUAGCGUCCAGACGAGGACACGGCGCUACCCCAGCCUCCUGCCUCCCGCCUCCUUCCCCUCCCCCUCCUCCUCCUCCUCGUGCGCUUGCAAUCCACGAGCCUAUGCUGGCACUACAAACGGAGCCUAG